GUGGGGCUGUCUUCCCACAAUGCUGCGGGGCGGGAGUUCCAAGAUGGCGGAUGUGAAAGUGGCCAAUCUGCCGGAGGAAAACGGCCCUGAGUCUGGAAACUGUCCUUAAAGGGAUUCGGGUGCGACUGAUGGGAAAACCGCGCUGUCGCAAUGAGAUGCACCAGCUUGUAGUCCAGUUGUGUUUCCUUGUGAGUUCGGGGAGAGUUGGGCAGCACCAGAUAGUGUGUGAUUGUUACCAUAAUGGAGACUAUACUGAAGGAACAACUGAUCUCUGCUGUCCAGAAAACCUUAAGAAUAAAACAAAGGAAAAAUUUCUCUGAAUUACGUUGCUUGAAUCUUUCUGCUGAGAUCCUAGCUGUAGAUUCCGAAAUAAAGCCCGCUUUCCUAUUUGAUUACAGUCUCGCCGAAGCCGAACAGAUCCAGAAAUAUGUCCAGGAGUUACAGAAAACAGGGCUUCUUUCUCAAGAUUUCCACAUUCUCAGCAUUGAGGACAACACUCUGAUAGUGAACUUAAACAAAACUAUCAAACACUUGGAAAGAAUGCUGCAAGAAAAUGGGCUUCCAGUCAUUGAUGUUUCUGCACAUAGGGCCAGCCCAAGACUAGCUGAGGCAUGUGUUACUAAACAAGUGAAUGCUCAGUUGGAUCUUAUUUUAAAGCACUUGAAAUCCCAGGUAGUUGAACGGAGGAAGAGUGAAUCGGGUUUUGUUAGUGCAAGUGCAAUUUUCUCUUCAGAGUGGAACUUAUGCACAUUGUUUGGAUUUCUCCUUGGGUUCCCAGUUUCAUACUGGUUUGAUUUUAAUAAAAGUUUUGAGAAUUGUUUGAGCAUGACUGAGCUUCGGGUUUUCUCUGCCUCUGCGAGUUGUCCCAGAAUCACUUCAAAUCUUAAACAUCGAAUGUACUCGUUCAGUGUCCCAGAAACCCUCUACGUGGAUUUGCAGAGUACCAUAGAGAGUUGGAACAGGGAUCUGCAGUCAGACUUUAACAAGCAGUCUAAUUUUUCCAAACUCAGCAUUUCCACAGAGAUUGUCUGUCAGCCUGCGAUUACACUUUAAAUAGUGUGUAAACAGUGAAUAUUGUGUCAUUCGGGAAGCAUCUGUUUAACUCUCGAGAAGCAAAAUACUGCAGGUGUUGGAAAUUUGAAAUAAGAAUAGAAAAUGCUGGAAACACUCAGCAGGUUAGGCUGCAUCUGUGAAAUUCUUACAAAGCAUCAUAAGACCCGAAACGUUGACCAUGCUUUCCUCUCCUCAAAAACUGGGCAGGUCAGGCAGUAUCUAUCUCUACUUAACAGCAAUUCAUUUGCUUGGAAGUGCAGAACUGCUUUGUGCCAGCCACUAAAAUCAAUUGAAAACGCAAUUAUAAAAUUCAUCAAUAAAUUUCACAAGGGUCCCUGGACUUUCUGAAUUCUGCUCAACCUGUGGAAUGAGCACAAAGGAUACAAUCUGAUUGAUAAGUAGUAAACGCAAUAAAGCUGUAGCUUAUAGGUCACUACUGUAUCAGUGCACUUGCAUUGAUAUUGCAUGAACUAAUAUUGUUCUAAUUAAAUUUUGAUAUAUAUUUUUGUAACAAAAUACAGAUAAAAUAGGUUAUCUAGUAUUAAUUUCUCUAGAUCCGUGGUUCGUGAACCCCUAAUAUUUCAGGAGGUUUGCAGGGAAAAAUCCCGUAGUGGUGGAAGCAGAAGUGUUUGCGUGCCAAAACUACGGAAAAAUGAUAGGUGUUGGUUUGGUGCUCAUCAAAUGACCGGGGCCCAGGCUCUCGGUGGGGGGGGGAGGUGGGGCCUUGCACUCAUUGGCUGAGUAGCCUGCCAUUCAGGAUCAUCAUUGUCCAAAGGGACCAAUCAGGUAUGUCGACCAUCCCGAUUGACAGGCUACUUGGCUAACGAUAAAAGCAAAAAACUGCGGAUGCUGGAAAUCCAAAACAAAAGCAAAAAUACCUAGAAAAAGUCAGCAGGUUGGCAGCAUCUGCGGAGAGGAGCACAGUUAACGUUUCGAGUCCGAAUGACCUUUCAACAGAACAGAGUAUUUCAAUUCAAUAAAAAUGUGGAAUUAAAAGUCUGAUGAUGACCACGAAACCAUUGCCAAUUGUAUAAAAACCCAUCUGGUUCACUAAUGUCCUUAAGGGAAGGAAAUCUGCCAUCCUUAACUGGUCUGGCCUACAUGUGACUCCAGACCCACAGCAAUGUGGUUGACUCUUAAAUGCCCUCUGAAUGAGGGCAAUUAGGGAUGGACAAUAACUGCUGUCCACAGUGAUGUCCACAACCCAUGAACGAAUAAUUAAAAAAAAAUCUCCAGAGUCAACCUUGGUCUCUUAGUACAGCUCCCAAUGGCUGUAUAUUGUACCGGGCUUUAUAGAGCAGUGGACAGACAAAUCAAAAAUAUAAACAGUUGUAAAAUCUGUGUCUGGUUAUCUUUAGCAAUUUCUGUCUGGUAUUUUUGACAUCUAUAGCAAAAUAUGUAUAUGUGUAAAAAUAUUUUUAGAUAAAUGCAUUACAGAAGUUAAGAUGUACGUACAAUAAAACGUUUUACUGGUU